GCAAAAAGAGAAUUUAUUAAAAGAAAGAGAAAGACUCCUGGGUGAGAUGGAAACUAUGCGACAGCGCAUGAAAAACAUGUCUAUUUAUACAGAGGAACUCGAGAAAAAAAAUAGCGACAUUGAUCAUAGAUUGAACGAGAUGCAAGAGACUCUCGCCAUGCAGUUAAACGAGACGUCGCGAGAGAAAAGAGCCCGUGAAAAGACAGAAAUAGAAGUGCAUAAGCUACAAGAAGAAAUUGCUAUGAAAAAGAACGAGCUUGAGACAGCAAAUGCAACUAUUGAAGUCAAUAUAAGUAACGUAAUGAGAUUGGAAAACCUAGUAAAGGAGCAUAAGACAUUCGGCGAGAAAAUGCAGAAGGACAUUAACAAACUAAUAUUGAAAAAAAUGAAUCUCCAAACAGACCUCGAUAAUGCAAAUUUUGAAAUUGAAAAGCUAGAAAAAGAACUUUCUGACAAUGAGAAACUAUUAAAAAACGUCCGAUAUGAACUUAACAGAAUAAAACAAGACAACGUCAAAUGCAAGCACGAAAAAGACAUGAUAGAUAAACGAUUGCAGAAAGUCGAGAUUGAACAUUCAAAGUUGGAAAGCGAGCACAAACAAGCUCUCAUCGACAUCAAGAACACUGGGCGAGAGAUAUUCAUAUGCCGCAAAGAACAACAUGACACCAAGCAACAUAUCGAGACUCUUUUGCGAGAGAAAAACAUUUUUAUUCAUAACAAGGAAAUCAUUCAAGAGCGAGUCAAGAGACUGAAUCGUGAGCUGUUGUUAUCCGUAAACAGCAAAAAGAAAAUUGAACACGAGCUAAACACGGUGAUACAGAACGUCGAGGACAUAAAAAAAGAAAUGAAGAUAAUUGAAGACGAGAGAGACAGAUAUAACGCGACAGUGCAAAGAUUAGAAAAACAG